GAAAGGCUUAUUACAAUGGCUUUUGGUCAUCUGCUCAUGAUCUUCAUGGCCGUGCUGAUCUUCAACACAGCAUCCAUGUGCAAAGCCGAAAAUGCUGUCUCUGUGCAGACAGGAAGUUCUAUUCAGCUGGACAUACAGACUGACAAACCACCACAGUUUCAUACAUUGGUCUGGAUGAAUGAUAAAUCAGAAAUUAUUGUGACAUUCACAAAGGAAGAGACACCGACUCUUAAAAACAGUGUGGCUUUCAAUCAAACAACCUUCUCUUUAACACUGAAGAACAUGCAGAAGACAGACAGUGGACUCUACACAGCAAAAAUAUUUGGACUUAGUAACAAGGAUGUUGCUAAAUACAGAGUAUCUGUUAUAGAUGCUGUGGAGGAUCCUGUUCUGACUGUAAACUCAAACUGGUCCAGCAGUGACUCCUGUACUGUGAACUUCACAUGCAGAGCUCAUGACCUCAUGAUUCACUCCAGCUAUCAGAACAACAGAUGCUCUCCAGAGGAAGUGACAUCACAUGAGAACUACACUCUCAUCCUGUACUGCAGUGAGGAAUCCAUCAUCUGUAACCAUAGCAACCCAGUUAGCAGCAAAAAAGACAGAAUAGAGAUCAAACAGCUCUGUGUCAAUAAUAAAGAGAACAUCACAGGUGAUGACGAGACUAAGCCAUCUCUCCAGUCUUGGCCAUAUAUUUUGGUGGCAGUGUGUCUUUUUUUGGCAAUUACAAUAUUUCUAGUAUUUCUCUACUGCAAGUGUAAAAAAGGGUUCAGUGCUGAGAUCCCUGUGUUUGUUCAGACGGGAGAUUCUGUUCAACUGGAUAUACAGACACAGGAACUACCAGAGUUUAAUAUUUUAUUCUGGACAAAAGAUAAAUCAGAGAAUAUAGUUGUGUAUAUACAUGGAGUUAAAGUAAAUCCUCACUCUUCCUACAAGAACAGAGUUUAUUUCAAUGAUGAAACCUUCUCUCUCACACUGAAGAACAUGCAGAAGACAGACAGUGGACUCUAUACAGCAAGAGCAAGUGGAGAAUCAGAGAAAAAUAUUGUUACAUACAGAGUAUCUGUUAUAGAUGCAGUGGAAGCUCCAGUUCUGACUGUAAACUCAAGCUGGUCCAGCUCUGACCCCUGUAGCUUCACAUGUAAAGGAAGUAACAUUAUUAUCAGCUCCAUCUAUAAUAGUAGCAGCUGUUCUCCAGAAGAGUCUUCAUCUGAAAACUACAAUCUAAGACUGAACUGCAGUGGUGACUACAUCAUGUGUAACUAUAGCAACCCAGUGAGCUGGAAGACUGACAGAAAGAAGGUUAAUGAACUCUGCACUGUUGAUCAAGAAAUACCACAAGCUGAUUUUCAGUCAGUGCUUCCCUCAUGGUUUAUCUUCCUUAUUUGCCUAUUGACAACGAGUUUGUUGGCAUCAGUGAUCGGCUGGUGUUUCUACAAGAGAAAAAAAGAUCACUCCUACACCCCUGACCAGCAGAAUGACCUUACGGUCUAUGAAAAAGUUGAUGAGAAUAUUAAGCCACAAAGGUCGCUAAAUAAAUUGGAGAAAUCAAAAAAUACAUCCACAGUGUAUGAUACUUUAAGAGAACAUGGACCUCCUGAUGUCCAGACUUCACCCAAUCAUGACUCAGUGGAUCAGAGUGCAACACUAACAGAGAAGAGCCAGCCAAAUGCAGCAGCCACUAUCUACUAUACCAUUGAGAAGCAACCAAAAUCUGAAGCUGAUCACACCAUUUACGCUGUGGUCAAUACACCGCCAGAUGGGGAUGAAUCUGUACAUCCAAAACCGAAAUAAAGUAUAAUACUGGUCUUUUAAUGAAGCUGAACCCUUUCAGUGAUUCAAAUAACAGUGAAGCACUGUUGUUCUGAGUGUAAAUAAGCAGCAAAUACAUAAAUUGAAAUUAUUCAUGGUGAAUGUAAAUUAAUCUAAACUAGUUCGCCUUUCUUUUUUAAAUAAAAGCAGCAGUAGAUGUAUUUUUUAUGUAAAUGUGUUGCACAUGUACCUCAGACAGGAAUACAAAAUCUCACAUAGAUUGUUGUGGGAGCUGAACGAGGCCGCUGGAGCGAUUGCUAAUGAGAGACGAACGCAACAAACGCAUCGCGAGCAGCGGAACUUUUAUUAUGCCACAGUCGCCGGCGCCGCUUCCGCUCUUUCCAGUCAUGAGUAUGAGGUAACACAGCUCUGUUUAUCAUAUUAGAUACAUUUGACUGUGUUGAAAAUGAUGUUAUAACAUUACUCUGUGCGUUCACUCUGCGGCUGCUGUGAGACACUGUUGCACACUGCAGUAAGAUAGAUCGAUUUUAGUAUAUCAUAUUAAAUGCUGGAUGGGCUGUGUUGAUAAAUGGCAUUACUGUUACUAAAAAUAAAGCUGCAUCUGAUUGUGCUAUGUAAGCUACUUGACAAAAUAGUGUUUUUCUCUGAGGCAUGGUAAAGCAUGGUACUCGCAAAAAAUCAAGAAAACUAGAUUUAAACAAUAAGACUAAACGUGUUGCGAUAUAUAACAAUAAGUAGUUUUCUGUCUAUAAAUGAAUCAAAACAGUUGUUCUCUUGUCUAAUAAAACAUGCAAUAUAUUAAAACAU